CACGGUUUGAUGAUCAUUGCUGGUAGUUGAAACCAAAUCAAUUCUUCUCGUGAAUUUGUUAGUACUUGUUUGUCUUUAUAUCGUCGAAGAAGCUCUAAUAUAGUCAAAAGGACGGCAAGAUGAUGAAAUCGUUUCUUGUCGCAGUUUUUACCAUUGGAGUGAUCCAGGCCAUGCCAACCGAUUUCAAAGUGAAGAGAGCGGCAGGCAGUGGAAGUGGAAGCGGUAGUGGAAGUGGUGGUGGCGCUGCUGCUCCGCCCGUAGGAGGAAUGGGAUUCCCAGGUAUGGGGAUGGGUAUGGGUGGAUGUCAAAUGCCCAUGCCACAGUGUCCACCGGCCAACCCAUGCGGUGGUCAACAACAACCAAUGUGCCCACCGCCAGGUGGUAACCAAUGCUGUCAACCACAAGGAGGAAUGGGCAUGCCUAUGCCUAUGCAAAUGCCAAUGCAAAUGCCUAUGCCAAUGCCAAUGGGUGGCGGCGGAUGUGGAAUGGGAUGUGAUGACAAGAAGGAGAAGAAACUCAAAGAUGAGGAACGCAAAGAAAAGAAAAAAGGCAAGAAAUCGCACAAAAAACACCACAAGAAGCAACACAAGAAGCAACACAAGAAGCACAACAAGAAGAGCAAGGCACACCGCCACCACAAGGACGAAUAAAUAUUCUGGACACAUGAUAUUUGUUCUUACAAGUGGACAUUGACUGUAUGUCUACUGUGUAAUAUUUAACCAGAUUUGAUGAGGAAGUGUGUAAUUCAUAAACUGUACAGUCCAUCCAGUUCCGUGAUUAUCUUAAUUAACAUGGUUCCGGAGGUGACUUUUGAGUUUUAAGCAUCCUUCACAGGUUAGCGCAAUAUUGCAUGAUGUGUUUUUUUUAAACUCCAUGUAUGUAAUUGUGUAGAAAAUAUAUAGUCAAUAUUUUGCGAUAACAUUAAAGUGAAUUUUUCUGUCAAAAUUA